ACUACCUACCAGUGGCCUUCAUUCAUUGACCAUAUGUAAUGUCGCCAACCUCUACUCUACAGAUCCUUUCUUGAAACUGACACUCAGAAAACCCAAAGGAAACAGGAUAGAAGCAAGGGAAAGUCUAAAAUCAGGUCAAAUCUCAUCUUUCUUUCUUUCCCAUCUGUACAUGGGUUUUUAAGUUUUUCUCCAGGUAGGUUAUGGAAAUGGAGGAACCAAUUGGGAUUCUAAAAGUGAUUGUUGUGCGAGGCAAGAAACUGGUAGUCCGCGAUUUCAAAACCAGUGAUCCUUAUGUCAUCGUCAAACUUGGAAAUCAGACAGCAAAGACAAAGGUUAUAAACAGUUGCCUUAAUCCUGUCUGGAAUGAAGAACUGACUUUCUCCAUUGCGGAACCUGUUCAAGUUCUAAACUUGGCAGUGUUUGAUAGAGACCGUUUCAAGGCUGAUGACGAGAUGGGAGAUGCUCAAGUGAAGAUUCAGCCGUUGGUGACAGCAGCUAGAUUAAUGGAGAUCUUAGGGGUUGCAAAUGACGGAACAGUAUUGAGAAAGAUGAUCCCAGAUACAGACAAUUGUUUAGCAUCAGAAAGCUGUAUUAGUUGGGUGAAAGGUGAGGUUGUACAAGAUGUUUGGUUGCGCCUUUCUCAAGUUGAAUCUGGGGAGAUUCAGUUGAACCUCAAGUUCCGUAAUACUAAUCCUAGGCUAGGCUUGGCUUAGUAUAGAUAUAUAUAUUUUUUUUCCUUUUAAUUUCAAGACUUGUUUGUUAAUUGUUAUGAUGGAAUUGUGUGUUUUCUUUAAUCAGUAUGAAUGAAGUUAAAUUAAAAUG